UAAAACACACAAUCUUAAUAAAACCUCCAUGCUCCAUCAUCGCUUAAUAACUCGCCGAUUCACGUUCCUCAACUCAACAACCCAGUCAAUCCGGUUCAACUCAUUCACCGUUAAACAUUCCGUCGCCCUAAACCACAACUCAUUCUCAGCCUCCGUAAAGUCUGCGCUAAACGGACGGCGUACGGCGGCGGAGAUGAGCAGUUCAAAUCCUAUUCACGCUGAGGGAGAAAAUGGUAAUUUGACGAAUUCGGAAGGCUCGGAAGUAGCUUCGGUGAGGUUUAAUGAGGAGCAAGGAGGAGGGUCGGAGGUAGCUUCGGCGAAUGUAGAAGGUGAAAGUGAAGGAUAUGAAAGGAAGGUUUUACCGGAGGAAUUAGCGAGGAGUGUAAUGAUGUUAACUUGUGAUUCGAAUACUACUGAUGGAGGUGUUUGUGAUGUGUAUGUUGUUGGUACUGCACACGUUUCUAAGGAAUCAUGCCAAGAAGUUGAAGCAGUGAUCAAUUUCUUGAAACCAGAGGUUGUUUUCUUGGAGUUAUGCUCAGGUCGCGUGGGUGUACUUACACCUCAGAAUUUAAAGGUACCAACUAUGGGAGAAAUGGUCGAGAUGUGGAAGAAAAAUCAAAAUCCAUUUGGGAUACUCUACAGCUGGUUUCUUGCCAAGGUUGCGAGCAAGCUUGAGGUUUUUCCCGGGGCAGAAUUCCGUGUGGCAUAUGAAGAAGCAAUGAAGUACGGUGGGAAAGUGAUUCUUGGUGACCGUCCUGUGCAAGUGACGUUGCGAAGAACAUGGGCAAAAAUGCCACUUUGGCACAAGACAAAAUUGGUAUACUCUCUAUUAUUCCAAGCUGUUUUUUUACCGAAGCCUGGAGAUCUUGUCAAAAUGUUGAAGGAAAUGGAUGAUGUUGACAUGUUGACUCUUGUAAUUCAAGAAAUGAGCAAGCAGUUCCCAACUCUUAUGGAUACCCUAGUUCAUGAGCGAGAUCAGUUCAUGUCAUCAAUGUUACUAAAAGUUGCCCGUGACCACAACUCUGUUGUUGCAGUUGUUGGUAAGGGUCAUCUGCCAGGAAUUAAAAAGAACUGGAAGCAACCUAUUGAGGUUGAGGAACUACUGACAAUACCGUCACCCAAACCCCUCAUUACUGUCGCCAAAAUUGUGACAACCCUUGGAGCUGCAGUUGCAGGAAUAGCCAUAAUAUCUGGCAUUUACGUUUCCAGCAAGAAAUAAUCAUCAGAGGUUUCAGAUCUAACUCUCGGUCGGGCAUUCAAUAUAAACAUCAUCAAGGCUACCUAUUGUGACUUUCAGCAUUUGAGGGCCAUGCAAUGCAACUGCUCUUAUGCAUUUUCAGCAGUUGGACACACAGGAAAUAUACACACAGGGAAGAGGAAAUUGCCAUUUUGCAAUUUUUUCAGAUAUUCUAAAGUCUAAGGCGAGGAGCGAAUAAUGAGAAUUACUUUUCCAAUAGCCCUUUGCUCGUUCAAUCCACAUCUCUUAUGAUCUUCCCUCCCCAAGUCUCACGCAGUCUUGCUGUAUGGGCCCGUUCAAUAUUUGGAUUAGCUCUCAGAUUGUUCUUUAAUAUCAAUUUAGCCUGUUAAUUUGUUAAAUAUAGCAGAAUCUUAAUAACAUAACUUAAAUCGAAUAGAAGUUUCAAGUA